UAUCCUCCUGGGUUUUGCUUCUCUCCAACAGAUGAAGAACUCAUCCUUCACUUUCUUUAUUCCAGAAUUUCUCUACCAUUCCAUCCCAGCAUCAUACCGGACCUUGAUCCCUCUCAACUUCAUCCAUGUCAAUUAAAUGGUAAGGCGUUUUCAAGUGGGAAUCAACACUAUUUCUUCACCAAUAAAGUGAAGGAAAACAGAAGCACAGAAAAUGGGUAUUGGAAGGAAAUAGGUUUGAGCGAACCUAUAAUCUCAGCUGAUGCAAACAAGAAAUUGGGAAUCAAGAAGUAUUUUGUCUUCACUCUUAAUGAAGGCACAGAAACCAAUUGGGUCAUGCAGGAAUACCAUAUUUCCUCAUCUAUGUUCCACAACCCUAUUUCAUGUUAUGCAAAUGGAACUGCUCACCGAAGAUUAUUAAGACCUGAUCAAAAUCAGAACAAUAAAUGGGUUUUGUGCAGAGUGUAUGAGAAGAACAAGUCACAAUCACAACAAGGUGCAACUGCAAACUCCUACUAUAGCGACGAGGAUGAUUGUGGAUCAGAACUUUCAUAUCUAGAUGAGGUUUAUCUGUCACUUGAUGAUGAUCUUGAAGUCAUAAGCCCCCCUAAUUAAUUAGAGUGAUGCAAUUUAAUAAUAGUGUAUAUUAUUAUAAGAUAUAUAUAUAAGAUAAUGUUACAUGAUCUAGCGUGCUAGAAUUCCUGAUAAUGUUACACAUGUAUCUUGAGUAUAGCAGAUCUA